AGCAUUCAUCGCAAACGUUGUGGUCCGGAUCACAUUGACGUCCAACGUCAUAUUCGAUUUUUCGCCAGGCAUUUGCCGCUUUGGGUAUUAUGGGUGGCCAGCAAAGUAGUGCCAAAAGUGAUGGAAGUGCUGCUUCAAAACAUGCUGCUGGCGAUGGCUCACUUUUCAGUGCAGGAUGUACUGAGUCGGCGGAUUGGGCUGAAUCGGUAGCCGCAAUUGCGAACGUUCACGAUAGUGACAGCAUGGAACGCCGUCCGUCGUCCGUGGACACGUUUCGCGCACUGCACCAACGCGAAAGCUCGUCGUGGAGCAGUCGCGAGGACCUACUUUCUGCAUCGAUGGGAGGAGGCGAUGAUACUACAUCGCCUUUAUUCAUUACUCUCUAUGAUUUCCAUGGUGUAGGCGAGGAACAGUUAUCUAUCCGUAAAGGCGAUAUGGUCCGAGUGAUUGGUUAUAACAAAGCGGGAGAGUGGUGUGAAGCACGAUUAGCAGCAACUCGACGAUCGGAUUUAGCUAGUCAGAAACGAAUUGGACAAAUUGGCUGGGUGCCAAGUAGCUAUAUUGCUCCCGUCAAUUCGCUUGAUAAACAUAGUUGGUACCACGGAAAAGUAUCUCGAAGUGAAUCUGAGUAUAUCCUGGGUAGCGGAAUAAACGGGUCUUUCCUUGUUCGUGAAUCGGAGACGAGUAUCGGUCAGUACUCUAUCUCUGUACGCAACGACGGUCGGGUUUACCACUAUAGGAUCAAUGUGGACGCUAAUGAUAGGUUGUAUAUCACCCAAGAUGCCAAGUUCAAAACAUUGGGCGAACUUGUACAUCAUCAUAGUGUCCAGGCGGAUGGAUUAAUUUGUAAUCUGCUUUUUCCUGCUCCAAAGAAAGAAAGGCCUCCUUGUGUGUUUUCGUUGAGUCCGACACAGCCGGACGAAUGGGAGGUUGAACGAACAGAAAUCGUUAUGCAUAAUAAAUUAGGUGGUGGUCAGUAUGGGGAUGUAUACGAAGGAUACUGGAAACGCCAUGAAAGGACCGUUGCUGUUAAGACUCUCAAGGAAGACGCCAUGGCAUUGCACGACUUCUUGGCAGAGGCAGCCAUAAUGAAAGAUCUACACCAUAAGAAUCUUGUCCAGCUGUUAGGGGUAUGCACUCGGGAAGCUCCCUUUUACAUCAUUACUGAAUAUAUGUGCAAUGGAAAUUUGUUAGAAUAUUUAAGAAAGUCUGAUCGGUCUAAAUUGCCGCCUACAGUACUGAUGUAUAUGGCUACCCAAAUUGCAUCAGCAAUGGCUUAUUUGGAAUCUAGAAACUUCAUACAUAGAGAUCUCGCAGCACGUAAUUGUCUUGUUGGCAGUGAAAAUGUUGUAAAAGUAGCUGACUUUGGUUUGGCUCGAUUUAUGAGGGAAGACACAUAUACGGCACAUGCUGGCGCCAAAUUCCCCAUCAAAUGGACGGCUCCCGAAGGGCUUGCGUUCAACACGUUUAGCACAAAAAGUGACGUCUGGGCAUUUGGGGUGUUAUUGUGGGAAAUUGCCACCUAUGGAAUGGCACCUUAUCCUGGAGUUGAUUUAUCGAAUGUCUAUUCUUUACUGGAAAAAGGAUUUCGUAUGGAUUCACCUCCUGGAUGUCCACCGAGUGUCUAUCGCUUGAUGCUGCAAUGCUGGAUUUGGUCGCCAAGCGAUCGACCACGAUUUCGUGAUAUCCAUGCCAGCCUAGAAUCUCUGUUCCCACAUUCCAACAUCGACGAAGAGGUGGACAGACAGCUUGAAAAAUCACGCCUCACUUCACAACGUCGUUCCCGACGCAGUGAUGUUGUUCCUGUGUCAGCUGUCCGAUUCCAAGACACUAACAAUCGGCGUUCGUUCAGUGGAGCUGCCGCACCGCAGCGGGGUUCCGGCGAAGUUUUCCCGCCACCUCCAGUGCGAACAUCACAUCAUGAAGCGUCGCUGCAGGACCAGGCUCAGCCAUCGCUUUCGUCAUUCCGAGAACCUGUCAACGAUCCACUCAGACCCAUUCCACGUCACUUACCGCUGCCCACUCCACCGCAAUCAUCUAAGCCAAAGCUAUUGAAGACUGCAUUGAACAAUGCGAGUCAAUCUGUGGAUCGAGGGCAGGCAAAUGAAGAGGUGUUGGUCUCUCCACUAGCGGAAAAGAAUCUUCGCAAAGUGAUCAGUCGCUUUGGUACACUGCCAAAAACAGAUCGCAUCGAUGCGUACUUGGAGUCCAUGAAGAGGGAUCAGCCAGAUAUGUCCGAUGCUGGAGAUGGUGAAUCUUCCAGCAUGAGCCAUGCACUUUCCGACGACUCUUUGGAUGAGCUUCCUAUCCCCGACUCAAUGGAAGGAAAGAGCCAGGUGUUAGUGCAGUUAAAGUCACGUCUAAAAAAGACAGCAUCUGAAUCUCCUGUGUCACCUGAAUCGCUUCCGUUCAAUAGCAGUCCACCUGAGUCCUCUGUAUCGCGUACCGAUCGCAAAGUAGUAGUGACAAGACCUGCUCCCGAUCCUCCUACUCGUGCUAGUGUCGGUCCUGCACCGGUAGUUUCCAAGUCAGAUCACGCGAGGAAGAAAGUGGAAAAGGCGGACGGUUUUUGUCAAACGGAUCCGCAAACUACAGGAUGGAAACCAAAACGAUCAUCAAUGAUUAAUGAAGAACGGCUACCAAUGAGCGCUAUUGUCGAAAUCUCUGCUGAAAAUUGUACCCAGUUUCCUGGAGAGCCCUUGAUUGAUAAGCAUAAGUACUGUAUGAAUGCAUGUGAACUGAAGGCCAGAAUUCGUACCUUACGUCAUGUUGAAAAGCCUGAUGAAAAAGCUACUCUUGAUGUUCUUGGAAAUUCCCCUGAUGAAACGGCUUCAACUUCAUCGGCAUCAGUUCCUGAAUACACUUCAACGGCCAAAGCGUAUUCUUUGCCAUUUCAGCGGCUGUCUCACCUUUCUUCACACUGCCCACGCUCAGUAAACUGCAGUAUGAAAUACAUCAGUUCCGCAAAAAAUGGCUUUUCAAAAAUAGGUUCAGUACCACAGAAAAAAACAAGUUCACUGCCCAUGAAAGCGAAUUUUCUAAUGAUGCUGCAAGUUUUUAUUGAGAAAAAUAAAUUAAUGCUUGCGAAAAAGUUCGAUGUAGAGGAAGCAGUUAGAUCAUCUGCAACGAUGAUAAAACACUCAGAGAGGGAAGAUGGGGUUGACAUAAGUUUCAGAUCCUUAAAAAACAUUACUUCAAAAUCGCCACCGCUGUUAUCCUUGGUAAAAACACUACUGUCAAGUGAUAGAGAAACAAUUUUGGACCGUGCUAAAAGUUUCUCAUGUCGAGCAACGCAUUACCUCACAACUCGAAAAAAUACUAAGAAGUUCACAUAA